CUGGCUUUAGCAGACUUUCUGGUAACCUUCAAGGAUAAGGCAGCCAUGACUUCAGCUGAAGUCCAGAAGCUGAAAGAUCUGUGGUCAGCACUCUCAGAGUAUGACAGGAAGAGGACUGUGUUCCCUCAGCGAUUCUCCACUGCACCUCUCGGACGUUUCUGUAGCAAAAGAAAGAAAGUUGCACCAGGAGUUGAAAGUAUUGAGAAGGUUAUUCUUGGUCCAAACCAAGGUCCAGCACAGUGGCCUAACUGCAAUCGAUACACAGAGGCCACUGUUGAAAAACUUCUGCAGAUCUAUCCAAGUGAUAGAAGGAGGAAGGGGGAGGCGGUUCUCACAAAAUGGUCACUCAUCCUGGAUGCAUAUCAUACCAUCAGGAAGACCAUUUUGAACAACCAUAGAGCCAUGUCAGUUACAGACAUCCAACUUCCUCUUUUAAACAGGAAGACUCUCCAACAGUGGUUCAAUGAGAAGAGUAAGGCUGAGGAGAAGAAAAUCUUAAUGCAGGGUCUUGCACUUCCUACACCAAAAAUGACAGUAGCCAAGGCACCAGAAGCCUUGCCCAAGCCAACAUCUUUGCCAGCAGGAAGCACAGACCCCUUCUCUUUUCAUGAUCCACCCUCUACAAUUGGUAUGGCCAAACUCAAGAGCAGACCAAAGAAGACUCCAAAAGCACCAAUACCAGCUGUGGCACCUGUUCUUCCUUGUCCGACACCUUCUUGCGAUCCUGUCAUGAGCUUCCAAUUGGUCACAACUACAGAAGGCACUGCUUUGUUGAUUCCAAAUAUUCCACACUCUACAAAGCAGUACCAGAAACGAAAACAAGAGCUUGAGGAGCAAGGGCGACCAAAAAGGAAGUAUGUCAGGACCUCCACGGUAAUCAGGUGUAGCAAGUGUGGUGAGGAUAUGAAGCCGCCAGACCAUUCACAGUAUAUGGGCUAUCGGUAUUGUGCUCGCAAAGACAACAUACCAUUUCAAGAGUGGAGGGAUAAUCUGCAGAAGGCUGGAGUAGCCAGGAAAAAGAAGACUCAGCAGUAAGUAUGAUUUUAUUCUUGU